AUGUUGUACAAUUUGUCCGGUUUCCCGAUUGUUCUUUUCGGGAUCUACGAUGUGAAUCUGAUAGCCACGAGAAUUGACCUGUUCAUUGUGUAUCGAUUGUUGCUGGUGCUGGAGAUGAUUGGGAUCUUCUAUGCGCUAACUGUUGGCUUGAUCGCUUGCAAAAUCAUCUACGAAUCAAAUGUCUUUCAUCACAAUUUCACGAAUGUUCUUGUGGUUUUCCUCGUGGAACACGCACUGUCACAAGUUGGACGAGGGAUUCUGAUGGGAUAUCAAUAUGGAGUGUUUAAGAUCACUGGCGAAAUCUGCUCGGAUCUUCCCCUCUUUUUCCUCUCACUAUUCCGUUUCUUUGUCUACGCGGCGGCGCUGUUAAUCUUGGGAAAUAUGGUGAUCGAACGCUCGAUGGCUAUCUUUUUCAUCAAGGACUAUGAAUCACUGGCCGUGAAAAUCAUCUACGAAUCAAAUGAGUUUAAUCGAAAUUUGAUCAACUCUUUGGCACUUUUUCUGUGUCAGCAAAUCGUUUCUCAAAUUGGGCGAUUGAUCUUAUUGAUUUAUCAGAGUGGAGUGCUGGGGAUUACAGGUAAUCCUCUCAACGACCUCCCCGUUCUCAUUCUCUGUUCGUAUCGCUUAUGUGCUAUGAUCGCUUGUAUUGCCUUGAUUCAAACCGUAAUCCUGGAAAGGGCAAUCGCGAUUCUUUACAUUCGGGACUAUGAAUCGUUGAAGAGACCCUGGAUCGAGUGGUGCCUUCACACGGUCACUUUCUUGGUUCAACUCGGUGGCUUAUCGAUUUUCUGCUAUUGUUUCUCCUUCCUCUCGGAUUUAACCUACAAAAUCAUCUACCCGCUUCCUCCUUCUAGCCGGCACAUUGGCCUUUCUUGUGAGCUCUGGAAAAUGCUGAUCAAAAAAAUCUUCUUUGCUCAAUGUUGCUUUGGUGUCAUUGCGGCCACGCUUUUCUCGGUUCCGCAUUUCUUUUUCGAGGAUAGCACUGCUGAGAUGGAGUUGGGAAUGGCCUCUUUGGAUGCAUUGCACAGCCCAUAUGUUAUGAUUUUUCACUCAACUUUCAUCUACAUUGUGCCUUCGUGGCGGGAAAAGUUCAAGGAAAAUCUGCGAAGGAUUUUCAAGAGACAAAAAGUCGAUGUAAAGAAGAAAGCGAUUUUUGUUGGAGUGGAUCAUAUUUUGCAAAAUGAGGAGGGAAAUGUAUAUUUUGAUGAAUUGCGAAAAAUGUGGGCA